AUGCCAAAGGCCCAGCAACCUUCACUCCCAAACUACAUCGACUCCGUCACCCGGGACAGCAAGUUCUUCUACAGCAACGCCAUCGGCUUAUACGUAGAAGUUGACGGACAUCGCUACCCGCGCGAUUCGGUCCGCGAGUUGCAAUACCUUGUGACGCGUGGCCCAGGACUGGGGAAAGAAGAUAAACCGGCGGCGUAUUAUACGGCGCAGCUUGCUCAUUAUGGUCUGAGGCCGAGGAAGACCAAGGAAGGCAUGAAGAAGGCCCUUCUUGCUACUCUUCAAAAGCCGCCUGGCACCUUCUUUGAACGACCGAAGCGUCUAGACAACGUCGAAGUGGACUUGAAAUGCAUGUGGAAGGUGAAGAACCGGGAGGAGCAUCUUCGUCGCCAACAAGAGAUGAGCAAGUCGAGUGGCUCGUCGCGUAAGAGGAAGGCUGAGGCGGAGACUGGUGCUGGUGCUCAAGCGAAGAAAGCCAAGGUCCCGAAAGGGGAAGACAAGCUGAGCCAUAAAGAUGUCGAGGGCAAGUUCAUAGUCGACGCACCCAAACUCGUCGCCGAGUGCAGUGGGCCCCAUACGCGCGCCUUCGAGGUCACCCUUGCGCAUUCCCCCGGUAACCGGCGGCAUCUAUGGGGCAAUUUCGACUUUGGCGUCAUUAGCGGUAUCAUCCGCGGUGGCAUGCCUCCGCGAGACGUCGGUGAUACCGUCACCUUCCUUUGGCGCGGACGUGAACAGGGAGAAGACCAGAUGACCUACGGACCCAACAAUACUGGCACGCUCACGUUCCUCGGAGACGGCAAGAUCCGCGGCAACAUGACGGGAGGCUUCAUCGGCAAAGUGGACUUCUCAUGUGCGCCGAACCCUGCUUACGCACGUCGCGCUAUCAUAUGGUCCAAGUCCGUCAAGAGCUGGAAGGAGCGGUGGCGAGGCAUGAACCAGCGCGCGCAUGACGCCGAAAAUGCCUCACGUUGGGGCAAAUGGCAACCGGGCCAAGACUACAAGGAGAAAGGCGCUGAUUCGGAUACAACCAUUGCCGGGGAGGACGAGGAGGAUGAGGACGAGAAUGACGAAGAACAGGCUUGA